AUGAAUUCGGAGAAAAUUUUCAGUAGAAAGUCCUUCAAAGGUUUAAACAACAACAAGAAGAAGAAUUCAACACCGUCUCACAGUUCAAACCUAGCUUCAGAAGACGCAAACCCUAGCCAGGUAGUAGUUAUGGGUUCUCGGGUUCCUCCUGGAAACGGAGGAAGUAAGUUUGGAUUUCGAAGGCAGGAGCAUCGAGUUACUAUCCAGCUGACAUCUAAAUCGAAGCAAGAGAUGAGAGAAAUUAAGAGGAAGCUUGUCAGUGAGCUUGAACUGGUUAAGCGAUUGGUGAAGAAGAUUGAGGAGGUAGGGUCGAGGCCUUUGAAUCAGUUAAGUAUCUCUGUUUUGGAGAACACUCAGGGUACAACUACAAGUGAGAAUGUAGAGAAGGAGAAAAGAACUCCAAAAGCAAACCAGUUCUACAGGAAAUCAGAUUUUCUUCUUGCUAAAGAUAGAAUCCCUGCAACUGAGAGCCACAAGAAAUUAAAACCUAGUGGCAAGAAACAAGGAGGAGUUGAUGCUAAGUUUUCAAACAAAUUAUUCAAGAGCUGUAGUACUUUGCUUGAGAAAUUAAUGAAGCACAAACAUGGCUGGGUGUUUAAUAAGCCUGUUGACCCACUUGCCCUUGGUUUACAUGAUUACUUUGACAUCAUUAAGCAUCCAAUGGAUUUGGAAACUGUAAAAUCACGUCUGGAUAAAAACUGGUAUAAUUCUCCAAUGGAGUUUGCAGAAGAUGUAAGACUCACAUUUCACAAUGCUAUGACAUAUAACCCAAAAGGGCAAGAUGUUCAUGCCAUGGCAGAGCUUCUGUUAAAUUUUUUUCAAGAAAAAUGGAAACUCAUUGAAGCAGAUUAUAUCCGUGAGUCUAAGCUUGCAGUAAAUAAUGAAAUUGUUUUGCCACCUCCACCUCCACCUGCUCCAACCAUUGAUCCUAAACCAAAGCCUUUGAAUCCUUCUACCAUCGGUAGAACUCCUUCCAAGAAACCAAAGGCUAAAGAACUCAACAAAAGGGAAAUGACAUAUGAUGAGAAGCAAAAGCUUAGUAUGGACCUUCAGAAUCUGCCUUCUGAAAAGCUAGAUAAUGUUGUUCAGAUUAUCAAGAAACGAAACCCGUCAUUAUCUCAAAAAGAUGAUGAAAUUGAAGUGGAUAUUGAUACUUUUUGA